UUGACUCCUCGUAAACUCAAAUACGGUCAACACUGUUAUAAAGACAACAACGAUACGUGUACCUUCGGAGCUGUGUGUAUCGACUCCGUCUGUAAAUGUGCACCCGGUUACGCUCUGAACACAAAUGGAUGGUGUGAACCGUUUAACUUCAUUCCAGUAAGUGACAAUCAUUCGACCACCAGUCAAAUCCCUCAUGCCGCACCCAGUGAAUCUUGUGAAAAUGGCGAAAUGUGCACGGGCGGAUCCAUAUGUGAUGGUGAUUCGAAAACCUGUGUGUGCGCUGCUAAUCACGUGAUCAAGGGCGGAGUAUGCGGGAGUAAAGGCUGGUCUCCAGUAUGGGUGCAAGCUAACUUUCAGAUGCGAGCCCGUUCUCUCUUCCGGGAGGAUCUUGUGCUUCCGGAGAGGAAUGUGCCGGGAACUCGGUCUGCGUUGGCGCUUCAUGUCAAUGCACAACUGAUCAUUAUGUUGAAGAUGGUUACUGUAGACAUAUUGGUCAAUUUAGCCUCACAAUCAUCACCAGUCAAGUUCUCGCCUGGAAAUGGUCUUCAAUUCAUUUCAAAGUUGCUUUCGCCAAGGGUUCCAGCCAAGCGAUGCGAUGAAGCUAGUUGCCGUCUUCCUGAAUGCUUCUGUUCAGUAACAGGUGGGAUUCAAAUGGAUUUAGUUAGAACUGAUAGAUUUUUUCACUUUUCCGGUCGAAAACCUCCGGGUGGACUUGCACCAAAUACUGUUCCACAGUUUGUGGUGUUAACAUUUGAUGAUGCUGUGAAUGGCCGAACCUUACCUGACUACUUGGAAUUAUUUGAGACAGUUAAAUAUAGAAAUCCGAACGGCUGCCCUGUGAAAGGAACAUUUUUUGUGUCUCAUGAGUGGACCAACUACGACGCUGUACAGUGGCUGUUCCAACAAGGAAUGGAGCUCGCGUCUAAUUCGAUUUCCCACGUUUCACUCGAAAAAGCGGACGCGAACAGAUGGCUGAACGAAAUGGAUGGUCAACGUCGAAUUAUAGCCAAGUUCGCGAACACAAAUGAAGAGGAGAUCAUCGGUUUGCGAGCACCACAACUGGUUCUUGGCGGAGAUGAGCAAUUUGAGAUGAUGGCAAAUGUCGGUUUCGUCUAUGACAACUCCAUGUCCGUCAACCCUGGUAUAAAUGGAGAGCCAUAUUGGCCCCAAACCCUGGACUACGCGGUACCUUGGGAUUGCUACGAUGCUCAAUGCCCUACUGCAUCGUUUCCGGGUUUAUGGGCUAUACCGCUCAAUCAGUUCUAUGGGUCGUACAUACCACAAAUCGACGCCUACCGCAGAUCGAGUAUGGUCCGCGCUGCUGUGGACCUAAAUACGACUGUAGAUCAACUGACCAAUAUGCUCUUUUCGAAUUUUGAUCGUAGUUAUCUUGGAAAUCGCGCACCGUUUGUGCUCUCGCUAAAUGCCGACCUACUUCAACUAAAUGGAAAAAACACCGGCAUGCAAGCACUGCAGCGGUUCCUUGAAGAGGUGCUGUACAGAAAAGAUGUCUACGUCGUCACUUUGAAACAACUUAUCCAAUGGAUGCAGCACCCUCUGCCACUGAACCAGAUGUUACGGUCGGAUGCUGUCAAAUGUCCUCAAUCGUUUAAUCAACAUGCGACCACUGAUCGGAAGCUAUGCUUGAAACCGAACAAAUGCAUGUACAAUACACCCGGUCUGGGUAGCCAAGAGCAUCAAUUCCUCACGUGCUCUCCAUGUCCAGACCAGUAUCCAUGGCUCGACAACCCGCUCGGCUAUGCAUUCUCCUGA